GGCCAGAGCAGCUGGGCAGGCUUUCUGGAGAAGGGGGUCCUCUCUUGGAAGGUGCUCCUAGUUGUCAUCCCCAAGCUUCCCUGCGCCUUCCACCAAAAUGGGAGAAAAGGACUUCAUGAGGAAGAACUGCUCCGGGGAGGGACAAGCCACAGCUCCUGAUUCACUCCUGCCAGUGUACACCAAGAUCUCUUGGGGGCCUGGUGGUUUCCAAGCCAGGCCUCGUUUGCCCUUCCACAUGGGUGACCAUGCGGAGCCUCAGGGCGUCCACACCUAUGGAACAAAUUUAAGGAAUCUGGCAAGCCAUGGCCACAUCCGGGUCCUCAGUGCUGGCAGUGGGGGGAUUCUCGUGGCUUCUGUUGUGCCAAGUGGGCAGAAUUUUCAGCACGAGGGAUGCCCAUUGUGUCUCCCAGCUUUUGUCCAGCCUUUUCUGAGUUUUCCUCCUGCAGGGCCCCCAAGGCCUGGGGACAAACAGCCACAUUCUGCACAUUUCCUGGUCUGCAGUACCCCUAAGCAGGCAGCAGGUUUAUUUGGACCCCCAGCUCUCAGAGACAACUACCUCCUUUCAGAUGGGAAAGCAGGCCCAGAGGAGUUAAGUAAUUGGACCCACAGUCACACAACUAGCAAGUGGCAGAGCCAGGAUUUGAACCCAGGUCUGUCUGGCUCCAAAGGGCAGAGAAAGAAGAGGCAAGGAGGGAGAAUGGAGGAGCUGCCUGAAGCGAGGUAUGGGUGAGGAAUGGAGGAGGCUUGUGUUUUCUUUCUUUCUCUUCUACUGACAGCUUGCUCAGGAACGCUGACCGGGCACACCUCUCUCUGACCUACCUAAUUCAGGCCUUGACCUUGAGUGAGAACAGGUGGAUUUCUUUCCUGCCUAGUAUCUCUGUUUCCCCAAUUUCAUCUGACAUCCUUCCUAGCUACAGUUAGGAGGAGCCAGCAGUAGGGGAAUUUGGAACUCUGGGCUCUGAGUAAAAUCUGGCAGAGCUUCCCCUGGAGCCUCCCUCCUCUCAAGCCUUUCUGUUCCUGGACAAGUUGACCAGUGUGUGAGUCUAUCUGAGCAGGUCCCUUGUGCUUGCUGCUCUGUAGGGCACAACAACAAGAUAAGGCCUGAUAACAGGGAACGAGGCCAGCCAGAAUGUGUGCAGGGAUCCUGCAUAGCAGUGAGCACAAGGAAUUCAGGGAUGGAGGCGUUCAGGGUGGGUUGGAAUAGUCAGGGAAGAAUUCCUAGAGGAAGUGGGUCUCAAGAGGUGGGUAGGAUUGGGAAAAGAGAAAAAGCAAAGAGGGUUCUUGGA